AUGCCUCGUGACUUUGAGUCCGAUAAGCAUGUCACUCUCUCUGAUAACGAGAGCGAUGCCAGGACCGACCUCCCAGACAUCUUCUCGAACAAUCCUUCCAAUGAUUCCUCCGACAGUGAUACGGAGCCAAACCGUGACGAUUCAGAUGAUGAUUCGGAUGACAGUUCAGAUGAUGACGCCUUCUACGACGAUGAAGAGCAGCAUCCCCCGGACUUCUUGCCACGCUGUCACACCUCGCGGAGGCUGACCGUCUGGAUGUCUCCCAGCUCCGACAGCAACGGUAUAGUCCUAAGACUCAGAAGAAGCUGGAGGAGACAAGGGACUAUUAGGACCGAUUCUGUCGAUUUCAGAGCUGUGAUCCUGUCGAGUGCUUCUACUCGCUCUUUGAGCCUGAGGAGACUGUCCGAUACCUUAAAGGCUUUUUCAGCUAGCAUUGUAACCAAUAAUGGGGCAAGAAUGGAUACAGGACUCCUGGAAUCAAAUAUAAGAGCUCAUUAG